AUGAGCGAGGACGAAGAUGAAGGAGGAAUGCUGGGUGAUUUCUUCAGCAAGAAGACACAUCGCACGCCCAACUUCGAGGUGGAGGCGUUCGGACGCCGUACCAUCUCGAUAGCGCAGGAAUCGCGCAUGCAUCUCGGCGGCCGCGUGUGGGGUGCCAGCGUCCACAUGCUGCGCUACUUCGCCCACUCCAUCGAGUCAUCCACGGCUUGCCGUGAUCUCUCGUGGCACCGACCAACGCUACUCGAAUUGGGCGCCGGCACAGGCCUUCUCGGGAUUGGCAUGGCCUUAGCACCAUCUCCCGCCCCUGAUCGGCGAGUCGAGGUGCGAUUGACCGAUAAAGCAGACCUCCUACCACAAAUUGAGGACAACAUUCGCGCCAAUCUCGAGGAAGAUGAGAUUGGCCGAGUAGCGGCGAUGGAGCUGGAUUGGAUGAGAUGGGAAGAUGCCAGCUACUGGACCCAGGGCGGCGCCGGCCACAGGGCAGCGGCCGGCGUCGAGGUGGUGCUCGCCGCCGACUGCAUCUACUUCGCCUCCCUCUACCGCCCGUUCAUCGAGACCCUCAAGCAGAUCUGCCACAUCAACUCCAUCAACGCCUCCAGCGGCCAUCGUCGCAUCGUGUGCUACCUCUGCAACGACGACGGCCGCACAGCGCAGAAUCGAACGAGCACCGAGCCCGAGCAGCACCAGGCCGGAGCGCGGUGGGACGACGAGUUCUUCCGGCUGCUGGCGGCCGACUUUGCCUUCGAGCUGGUUGACGCCGACGCCGUGCUGCCCCCAGGCCAACGCAACAGCGACAUGCGUAUGUAUCGAGUGUGGCUCAAGUCGUCAUGA